AGAAAUGUCGUCAGUUCAGAAACUGUUGGACCUUUAACUCGCGUCCUGCUGGUUAAUGUGUCACACAAGUUAAAUAGUUCGUCUAACUUCUGGAGUUUAGUUUCAGUUUAGUUCAUGUUUACAGGACGUUUGUAGACGAUACAAACAGUAAGGUAAUAGUGAAUCGUUUCGGUCUUUGUUUAGGAAUGUGACUAAUCACAUGAUUAGUGUCUUAUGACAUUGACGAGCCCACGAAAGAGGGAAUGAGAGCAGAAACAGUACCCAAUAAUACACUAAUACUGUCUGUGGUGAUGAAUUCAGAUGGCUAGACAGAUGUGGAGACUCCUGAAGUAAACCGCUGGAUCAUGGAGCGUUUGGGAGCUCAGUCUCUUCUCGCCAUCGCUUGUGUUUUGGGAGUGGUGGUGAGUCAGACAACACUCAGUCCUGCUGUGACGAUCACCACAACCAGUGCAAGCAUGAGCACUACAGGGCCCAGCUGCUCCAGCCUCAACACCUCCACCUGCGUGGCCUGCGCUCCUGGCUCUUAUUAUGAUAACGAAACUCUGCUGUGUUCCUGCUGUCCCGAGGCAGGCCUGUGUGUGUUACCUGGAGCCUGUCUUCUGUGCGUCCAGGGUUUCUAUCAGCCUCUAGCAGGACAGCAGGGCUGUGUGCCCUGUUCAUCUGGGUUUUACAGCAAUUCCACUGGAAGCCCUGUCUGCCAGCCGUGCCCUACUGGGUCCUACAGCAAUAACACAGGCUCUGCCUCCUGUACAGCAUGUGCACCAGGUUUCUACACAUCUUUGCAAAAUUCAACAUCCUGUAACCCAUGUCCACAAGGCACGUCCUGCAAUUCCUCCAGCUGUACUCAGUGUCGGGUCUGUCCUGCAGGCUCAGAGGCUCUACAGACCGCUUCCAAAGAAUGUACGCCUUGUCGCCCAGGAAUGCACAAGCCUUCCCAACAAACCAUGUGUCAGAUUUGCAGCAGUGGUUUUUAUCAGAUCCACUGGGGCCAAGAGAACUGUGACGUGUGUCCUGAAAACCACUACUGCCCUAGUCCUGAUGUAAAUCCGAUCCAGUGUCCCGCUGAUGCGUUCUGUCCUGAGGGCAGCACGGCCCCUGGUUACUGCAUGGAGACCUUCUUCAGAAAGGCAGGGGACACGUGUGAACUUGCUCCUGUUACCAUUGCACUGCUUGUUAUUGGAGGAGGAGUAGGUCUUCUCUUCAUCAUCGUUUUGGUUCUGCGGAAGAGAAGAGAUAAUGACAGCGAGCUUUCCCUUGCUCGGACGCCCCUCCUGCGAAAGGACCGCACACCUGGCCGCUUCCAUGGAGUCCCUCGUGAUGCAGAGCCUGUUUAUGCAGGCUGGUGACAUUAACAACUACACUGACCUGUUUUCAGCUGCACAGAUUUUGUCUGAAAGUUUCUGUUGAGAACUUUAUAUUGGUAAGAUACUAUUAAAUAUUUAAUGAAUGAAGAGGCACUUUUCUGCAUUCCAUUUUUAAAACCUGUUUACUACUGAUCAUGUUGUGGAGUUACGUCUCUUUUGAUUCUGACUGCUUUUGCAGUCUGGAAAUUAUGAGAAACCAUUUAGUAUUUUUGGGGUGUUUUCUUUUGUAUGAAUUUUGCAUCGGAUAUUAUGUUAAGCCAUGGCACUGAAUGGAAUUUGGACUAAGUUGCUGGAUUAUGCUUAUCUUGUUCACAGAUGUGUGUUUACUUUUUUUUUUGGUACCACUAUAUUUGUUUACCUAGGGUCCUCAAGGUAUAUUGUAUUAUAUAAAUUUGCAAUAUUUCUUGUAUAUAACAUGUGAUGUCACAUAUUACUUUUAAAACAAAACAUUUUGGACAUUUUCCAAGGUUGUAUACUUCUUUUCACAACUUUGAUAUAAAAGUGUGGUGUCUUCUUUA